GGCUCAUUGAUCCGGGACCUUCCUUUACCUUCCUCUUUCCUUCAAUCCAAAAUGGUGUACAAUCGUUUUGUAGAGGUCGGCCGAGUCGCCUUGAUCAAUUGUGGAGCCGAUGAAGGCAAACUUUGUGUCAUCGUUGAUGUCGUCGACCAGAACAGGGCUUUGGUUGAUGGUCCUUGCACCAGUGUAUGUCGUCAAGCUAUCAACUUCAAAUACCUCUCCCUCACUGACUUCAAGAUCAAGGUCAGCAGGUCAGCUAGAAGUGGUCCAGUGAAAAAGGCAUUUGAAAAAGAGGACAUCCAGGGUAAGUGGGAAAACACUGCCUGGAGUAAGAAGUUAACGAUGCGCAAGAAGAGGACAACUCUCACUGACUUUGACCGCUUCAAGCUCAAGCUUGCCAAGCAAAAGAAAAACCGCAUCCUUAGAUCGGAAGUGAAGAAGUUGAAGAAAGAAGCCAGUGCUUAAAUGUGACCUUCUUUGGAAUCCUAAUAAAAUAUUUGUUACAUCUGAA